AUGUGCGCACUCCGAGCUGCAGGGGGCGCUAUCGGCUUUGGCGUCAGUUUACAUAAACAUCCGUCCGGCUGUCGGUAAAAGAAGCUUUGUUUUGAAAACGCAACCGCAUCGUAAUGCCAAACGAGACCGACCGCCGUGUCUCUUCCCGGACGGAGAGAAAGGCUUUAGAAAAGGCCAGGAUACUCCAACGAGAAAACGAGAGGGAGAUCAUUAAACUGGUUGGACGUAUCCUGAAAAAAACCGAGUCUGAGAGGUCUGAGGAGGAGAUUUCCGUGCUUUUGCUCAACAGAGACACGGUUGAGGAGCUCUGCAAGAGGAAGAGCCGCAGGAAUGAACUCAAGAGGAAGCAAGAGGAGGUAUUUGAUACAGCUGAUGACCUGCAGAGCAAAGUGUGGCAGCUGGCUGUGGCAGUCAAACAAGCAAACCACUUGGUGGUUUACACUGGAGCUGGAAUAAGCACAGCAGCGUCCAUCCCUGACUACCGAGGGCCCAACGGUGUUUGGACACAACUUCAGAAGGGUCAUGCAGUCAGCUCAUCCGACCUGAGCAGAGCAGAACCGACGCUCACACACAUGUGCAUUAGGAUGCUUCAUAAGGAAAUGCUGGUCAAGCAUGUGGUGUCUCAAAACUGUGAUGGACUUCAUCUACGUAGUGGUCUUCCCAGACACGCCUUGUCUGAACUUCAUGGAAACAUGUUCAUUGAGGUGUGUACGUCCUGUUCUCCAGUCAGGGAAUAUGUGCGUUUGUUCGAUGUGACAGAGCGAACAUCCCUCCAUCACCACGGCACGGGCCGCAGGUGCUGCCACUGCGCCAGCGAACUCAGGGACACAAUCGUGCACUUUGGGGAAAGAGGAACCCUGGAGCGACCUCUAAACUGGAAGGGAGCUGCUGAGGCGGCCAAGGCGGCUGAUGUUAUCCUCUGCUUGGGUUCCAGUUUGAAGGUGCUGAAGAAAUAUGCUUGUCUGUGGUGCAUGAACAGACCACCAAGCAAAAGACCCAAAUUGUACAUCAUUAACCUCCAGUGGACCCCAAAAGAUGACUUUGCCGCACUAAAAAUCAACGCCAAGUGUGAUGAUGUCAUGAGGCUUCUCAUGGAAGAGCUUAAUAUCCAGAUUCCCGUUUAUGACAGGGCGGAAGACCCUAUCUUCAGCCUUGCUGCACCUCUGCAGCCCGAGGACGAGAACAGCCACACCCGCACCGUCAUCGUUCCCCAGGCUGGUCCCGGGGACUCCUUGAAUGAACCUGACAACACUGCAAAACCCACGACGGUGCAGGGCGGGUGGUUUGGAAGAGGCUAUGGCAAAGGAAGGAAAAAGAAAAAAGCAGCCUAGAGGUGAAUCGUGGACAAAAACAUUGCAGACUGCCGUUGGUUUAUCGAUCAGUGUACAAGCUCGUAUUGAGGUGGUCGUGUCUUUCUCCUUCAUUAAUGAUUGACAACGUGUGUGAUGCAAUAUUUUAGGAUUUGGGGUCUGAACAUAUAACUGCCUUGACAUGGUUAUUUAUUUAUGAAACAAAACAACGGUUUCAUUUUUGUCGUCUUUGGAUCAAAGAACGGGGUAACUGAAUAAUAUGUGUCAAAAGCUGCUUCCAGCAUGUUUACACAGCAGGUCGGUAAGUUUUUGUUAGCCCAGUGGGACCUCUAGUGGGACCAAAUGUUUAAAUGGUGCCAUGAACUGCUUUGUUGAAAUAUGAUUGGGACUUUCCAGGUGUUGUCAUGGGGUGUUGCACAAUAUCGUAUUAUUGCCACGGUCAGUGGGUGUUAAUGGGGUUGGUUGUACGCGCAUACAACCGUUCUGCAAACGUACAAGUAAAUGACUCCUUGAAAAGUUGACUUUUUCCUGAAAUUGAAUAUUGGAGUGUUAGUAUGUUACUAAAUGAUAAUGGCUUCAUUACAGUAAGCAUAAUUCAUACACAUUAGCCAUCUCAGUGGUUCUUUGUACCGGUAAGGCAGGUUGUUUCCAUGCCGUAAAUUACUGCAACAAGUUUUGGCAGCUAGUCUAAUGAUGUGUUUUCCAACUAUUGUAUUGUGUAAAUUCCAUUUUUUUUUCUCCAUUCCUGAAUGUACCAACUUCCAUUUAACUUUAUACUGAUGUACCUGAUGUCAAUUGAUUUUGUUUACUUAUUGCCUGACCUCACAGACCUUCCUGAAGGUCUGGGUCUGUACUGUUUACAAAGUAUUUUUAAUGUAAAUCACACGAUGAGUAAGGCGGUGGUAUUUUUUUUUUAUUAUUAUUAUGAUAAUUACAGUUUACAGUGUUUGGGUCGAGGUCCAUUAUGCCCUUUCCUUCGUCUCAGGAAGUGGACAUGAUGCAUAGUUUGUCUCAAAGGUUUGAAGGGACCAAAGGAACCAUAUCAAGUGAUGGACCACAGUUGCUAACACUCAUGCCAGAGUUAUAUAUGAAGUCGAAUAAAUUCCCUCUCCAUAUUGCAAAAAAAAAAGAAUGGAAAUGUUCUUUGGGUGAGUAAAUAAACCAUUUUAUUUUGA